GGACAUCGAACACGAUAUUAUACGACCUUAUGUGUUGAGAACUUAAAUACGUUACUUAAUACUGCGCACUUCAUUCAGACUAUAGCUUCGUCAUAAUGAAAAUUCACCAUAGUAAACAGAUGCGCCCACCUGGUCUGUGGGAAUGAUUUUUGGAAUCUUGACAGUUUUUAAUAUUAUUUCCUUCACAAUAACCAGGAGAAUGAAUGCUUUGUGGCAUGACGGUUCUUGGGAUCCUUCUUGGGAUACAUGGUGGCACUACAAAGAAGGCGUAAUGGGAGGUCCGAGUCAUUGGGGACAGACAGCUUUCAUGGCUAUUGCCAAUGACUUAUGGCCAGCUUGUUAUCAAGGGAAAAUGCAAUCUCCAAUCAGUAUCUCCACGAAACAUCUACUCUUUGACCCUAAUUUAGUGCCAUUGAAAAUCUCAGGUUCAGAUAAGCAAAUUGAUGUUGAGGUAGUGAAUACAGGACAAGAUUUACAGGUGAAAAUCCUCGAUUCAAUAGCAUCAAUUGUAUUCAGUGAAGGACCGUUAGUAUACAACUACAAAUUCUUUGGAGCUUUAAUCAAAUUUGGCUCAAGAUCAGAUCGUGGUUCAGAUCACCAAAUUGAUGGUAUUGCUUUCCCCGCUGAGCUACAACUGUAUGCAUUCAAUUUUAUUUUAUACCAAAACUUUUCUAACGCACUUUCAAAACCAAAUGGCUUAGCUGUAUUAUCUGUUCUUUUUAAAAUUGGUGAUCAAUCGUCAGCUGAUUUGGAAGCAUUACUAUCUACAGCAGAGCAGGUUCAAUUGAAAGGACAAUCUAAAAGGCUUCAUGGUUUGCUGUUGGAUGCUGUUUUACCGUCUACUAUGCAAUAUAUUACUUACCAAGGCUCUUUGCCAUUUCCUGCCUGUUAUGAGACUGCAACAUGGAUUUUGCUUAAUCAACCGAUCGUAAUUACAGAAACUCAGCUAAAAUCUCUUCGUCAACUUCGAAUAGCGCCAUUUCGAGGAUCAGGCAGCAUGGCUGACAAUUACCGAACCAUUCAAAAAUUGAAUAAUCGAUCAGUUCGAACAAACAUUGAUUUUAGAAAAAGUCAACCCUACUGUUCAAUACAAGCUCAGAGGACAUAUUUUGGUAAGAUAAUGUUUAUGAGUUACAUUGAAUAAUAUAUUUUUUUCUAUACACUUGGUAUAAAUAACUACGAUAAACACUAUUUUGAUAUUUAUGUAACGCGUUACUUAUGUAUUCAUUAAACCGAAAAGAAACAGUUUUUAAAUUGACAGAAAACAGUAAAAAUGAGUACUAUAUAUCAGGAACUUAUGUCAUAUAGUACGUAUACUUCAAUUUUGUAACACAGAGGAUAGUUAAAGAACUCAAUUCUCGAAGGGAAAUAAGAAAGAAUAUUAUUAAUAUACAGGUAGAGAUCAAAUUAACUAUCAGUAUACUUGGCUCGUUUUGGUUAUAUUAUGAGUUUUCUGAGAACAAAAGAGUAUAUAUAUAUCGAAAUAUAUCUCUUAUAAUAUUUAUUUUUAAAAAUACAAUCUUCUCUAAAAUACAAUUAAAUGAAAAUUAUUAUUUCAUUUCUCUUUUGUUUUAAAUGCAUUCAUACAUCAUCCUGAAACUGUUAUAAUUUGAUUUGGAUCUCUGUGAUGAUAAUGAUUAUUUAAUGGUCAGUAGCAGCUUCAUUGCCAUAAUCAUUUAACAUUCCAAACCUUUUCUUAAUUAUUCUUAUUUUUGCAUAUAUAAAGAACUGAUUUUCAUUUGAUCAUUUUUUUAUAGGUAUUCAAAUGAACUGUUAAUAAUAUGUCUUUAUAGACUAAGCUUAUUUUAAUAUGUAAAGAAGUAUACAGUUAUUGGACAGCUUUUUUAUUUUUUUUUUUUUUUUAAAAAUCUACCUCAUCAUCAGGUAUUUGGAAUGAUAUAAAAAAGUAUUUUGAUGUAGUGAAAGAUGUACUAAACAGUUAUAUUUAGUUGUUUUCUUUGUCUAAUGCAUUUAACCAUCAGUGAUUUCACGAUAAUCAAGUUCUUCUGAAUAUUUCUGUGUAUAAUUAUAUAAAUAUCUUCAUUAUGUACGACUGUAUAUUUCUGCAUGUAUAUAUUUAUUAUUGUACACUAGAAAAUAAUAUCUUUGCUUAAUAUUACUUACAAUCAUUGUCUUUUGAUGUUUUUCAAUUA